AUGAAGAUUCAAGAGCUGCUCAGCGCCCUGUUCGAGCUGGCCGCCGUGGCCUCCGCGUCCAGCUACCACCUGCGCCAUGUGCUGCCCUCGUACUUCAAGCUGCGCGACCGCGGACAGGCCGAUUCCCCGUGCAUCCCUCGUAUCAAGCAGUCAAUUGUGGGAGUCACAGUGCUGCUGGCCCUCUGGGUGCUCGAGGCUAGCUGCACGCUGGUCCUCCGUGUGAGCUCCGAGUGGGUGUACAUUUAUUCGUGGGCGCUGCGGAUAUACACUCAGCACCUGAUGUCGCUGGUCUCGAGGUUCGUCCUCCCUGUCAUCCUGCUGGCCCAGAUCGAGCUCACCACCGCUCUGCGCUACCCGUCGGACUACAUCAAGGGCGACGAGAAGAAGGGCGCCAACAGGAACGCCGUCCACCGGGCCAGCCUUCUCGCCUUCAAGUGCGUCCCUCUGCUGGAGCUUGUGCGUCUGGUCGCGUGGUUCUAUAGCAUGCACAAUGAGUCGGCGUACUCGGUGAGUUGUCUCAUCGAAUUUGGCACGGCUGGUCUGCUUUUCCUCCUCGCCGCUCUCUCGUAUGUGAAUUACUUGACGGCCAAGGAUAAGACUCUUCGAGAUGCCCCUCGUUCCCUUGCCCAUGUUUAUGCCCUCACGUUUGUCCGCCACCUCUUUGACCUUGUUCUCUGCGGGGUUUAUUUUAAGCGGUCGCUGGUGGGCUUCAUUGACAUUGACACUUCGAACGGAGACGCUCUCGGGAGUAUUUUCAUCGCCUGGACGGCCGUCGGCUCCAUCUAUCUCAUCCAUCAGGUGUUCUCCUUGGAAGUGGACAACUUCUUCUGGCAUGAGCGCCCUGCGUACCUUGGGAGGGAGGCCUUGAAAGAAAAAGCAUGGCGGUUCUAG